UCUUUUGGUACGUGUGCAUGUGUUUGUAUUUGUGUGUGUGUGUGAGAUUUCCUGUCGGGACGUAUGCUGCAGCCUUCUGGACAUAGGAGUAGGAACCUGCUCAGCGACUUCUGACAAACUGGCCAACACACACACACACAGACACAGGAGUAACAAUCUCUCUCUGAGCUCCCUUCAUCUCCUCUAUUCACACACACACACUGACAACAAGGACAACAGCGUUCCUGGAAUAACACCUCUGCUGGAUUAUCCUUCCUAUCUUCAUACACACACACACACACUUCAGAAUGAGAGCGUGGAGUCGGGAGAGUGCCAACACUCUUCAUGGUGCGUGGUGGACCGUUCCUACGUGAGUGCCCACGUGUGUGCGUGUGUGUGUGAGGCAGCAUGCGGGUGUGUAAGCGUGGCGGCCAGAUGCUGAUGACCACAGCCGGCGCGUUCGCUGCCUUCAGCCUGAUGACGGUCGCCGUGGGAACGGACUACUGGCUGUACUCGCGCGGUGUGUGCCAGACCAAGAACUCCAACGACAACGACACCAGCCACAAGAACGAGGAAGUGCUCACACACUCAGGCCUCUGGAGGACCUGCUGCAUGGAAGGUGCGUUCACAGGUGUGUGUAAGGAAAUUGAUCAUUUCCCUGAAGAAUCUGACUAUGAGCAGGAUGCUGGAGAAUACUUGUUAAGAGCUGUGCGGGCCUCAAGUGUGUUUCCGAUCCUCAGCGUGGGUCUACAGUUUGCAGGAGGAGUGUGUGUGGCAGCCAGUGAGUUCUACAAGACACGCUACAACGUCAUCCUUAGUGCCGGUAUCCUGUUUGUUUCUGCUGGCCUGAGCAACAUCAUUGGUAUCAUCGUGUAUAUCAGCGCGGCGGCGGGAGAUCCCAACCAGAGCGAGUCCAAGCGCAGCCACUGGUACGGCUGGAGCUUCUACUGCGGCGCCUUCUCCUUCGUCGUCACGGAGACGGUGGGCGUGCUGGCCGUGCACCUGUUCAUCGACGCACACCGCCGCCUGCGCCUGGCCACGCCCUCUCUGCGCAAGCACACACACACUCGCGCCGGCAGCUUCCGCGCACACACACUCACGCGCAGCCUGCGGCGGUCGUCCAGCUACCGCUCCCGUUACCGCCGGCGACCCAGCCGCGCGUCCGAGACGCGCUCCGCACCGUCGCUAUGGAGACCGGCGCCGCUGGCCGCAGACCUGAUGCCGCUCUACGCCGUGGACAACUACGGGAAACCAAGUGCUUGUGUGGACCAAUGA